GUAAUACAUGAGAUUGGACGUGAAAAAGCAUUGGAACUAUUUGAUGAGACACGAGAAAUUGAAGUAACCGGUGGAAUGAUGGUUGCCGACGGAACACGUCGCCGUACUCCCGGUGGAGUUUUUAUGACACUGUUUAAGACCGAUCCCGAUGUUCUGCCAGUUCUGAAGGAUGCUGCUGCUACUGCUGCUGCGGAAAAAUUACCAGAAGGAGCAGAAGUGAUGCUUAAAGGAAUCGACGACGAAACAGCGGAUAUGAAUGAUGUUCCAAUGGAUGAAGGCUGA